GCUGUUGCCAGUGGUGUAUAUAAGUGGACAGGCAGGACAGGCACCAGGUUGUAUUUGAGGUGCUGUUUAGAGACAAAAUGGACAUCGCCAUCCAGCAUCCUUGGUUCCGCCGCUCAUUCUGGUCAUCCUUCUUUCCCAGCCGAAUCUUCGACCAACAUUUUGGGGAACAUAUUUCAGAGAGCGAUGUUUUGGCACCCUACCCUUCACCAUUCUUUCCACGCCCUUCCUUUUUUCGCUGGCCCAGCUGGGUGGACAGUGGGCUCUCUGAGAUGAAAAUGGAAAAGGAGCGUUUUACCAUUAAUUUGGAUAUAAAGCACUUCGCACCGGAGGAACUGGCAGUAAAGAUCAGUGGAGAUUACAUUGAAGUUCAUGCCAAACAUGAGGACCGUCAGGAUGACCAUGGGUUUGUCUCACGAGAGUUUCUCCGAAAAUACCGUGUCCCAGCUGGAGUGGACCCUGCCAACAUCACAUCAUCUCUCUCUUCUGAUGGUGUCCUGACCAUCACUGCACCUCGCAAGCCCUCUGAUAUCCCUGAGCGCUCUAUUGCCAUCACUCGCGAAGACAAGUCUGCAGUGUCUGGACCACAGAAGAAAUAAAGCUGCAACCUGUUAUCAAGUCUAUCAUCCCUUUGUUUCCCAAGCUGAUCCACUGUGCUCCCCUGCACUAACACUCCACUAUUGGGUCUAAAUAGGCAUUGGAGAGAAAGAGUCCAGAUUGACCUGUUCAUUCUAUGGCUAGUAAGUUUCUCUUUUCCAUCCAGAAGUUAAAAAUGGAAUUGUUCAAUUGACUGGUAGAGCUAAACCUUUUACACCGCUGGAGUUUUACUUUGUUUUGUUUUGUGCACCAUGCAGCCACUUAUAAGUCAUAGAAGACAUCCACGAAACAAAAGGGCUCUUUGUCUUUAGUAGCCUGUCAAACCCAAACAAUGGUUGCACAGUUUGUGAGGGGUUGCUUGUAGGAAGCCUGAGCUAUUGAGCAUUGAUUGUGAUGAAAACAAGAAAGAAUAGUGUGAUAGAAUUUCUAAACCUAUAAUCUCAUCUCAAAAAAAGUGCAUAGUUUUGACAUUCUUGUCUUUCAAGUGAAUAUAAUGGGAGGUGAUAUUCUGUGGUAUGAGGAAAGGGAGUUUAUACAGUGAUUCAAUGUUUCCUGUUCAACUAUGAACUUGGGACCAGACAACACAAAGAGAUCAGGUGCAGGUAGUGACAGAAGAGGGAAUGGUAUUGUGAAGAAAACAACCUCUUUCUGUUCCUUAACGUUUGUUACUCCAGACAGGUUUGGUUACUGCACCUGUAUAACAUGUGGUGACUGGAAACUUGCUGGGAAUUUAGUAGUGAUGGUUUCGAAAGCAUAAAGACUAAAUCAAGGAGCUGAAAAUAUUCUUAAGGAAUGUUUCUACUUACUUUUGUCGUAUAUUUAAACGUGAUAGUUGAAGUGGGUGUGUAUGUAUAAACGUUUAGGAUGAUGCAUGAUGGUACCUGAGUAUACCAUAUAAUCAAUGCCUCACAAAAGCAAUAAUGACAAAGCUGCUAAACUAGGGCUGUAACUGAUUUGUUCGUUUUGUGAGAAUGCAUGCUACAAAGAAAAAAUGGAGGGGGGGGGGGGUUCAUACAACUAACUUCUCACACGUUCCCUGUUCACCAUUGCACACUAAAUACCAAAGAGAAACAAAUGCGGGGGAGCACAAAAGUCAGCAUUUGAGUCAAGAUAGCCUUUUUACACUAUUCUGACCCCAGCAUUUCCUUUCUGAUGUUAAGAUGAAACAUAAGUGCAAACUACUAAACUGGUCUCAGAUCAGCGAAAAAGGCCUUGUUAGUUCCCUGCUUUAACAUUCCUGACUAUUCACACCACAAAUAUCAAGCAAAAUGUAGCCAUGACAGUUUCUGUGUGUAUACUGAUGGCUACAAGCUAUUAAUAAAUCCUGUGGUCAUUUAAAGAUGAAA